ACCCUGGGAAAUGAAUUUUCAGAAGAAACACACGUGUUGUUACAUUAACAAACGUCGAUGAAAUCAAUAACAUGGAAUUAUUUAGAAUAACAUAUUUAAUGCUUUUAUUUUCUGGUUUGGACGGUGUACUUAUACAAACUAGCAGUGACUUCACCCUCGGGGUGACGCCAUUGGACGUGAGGUGCAGCCCUGCCAACAGUGAAUUAAUAAUGUAUGUCAACUCAUUCACCUUACACCGGAACGGGACCCCUGUAGCCAAGGUCACGUACAACAGGGCAGCCCAGAACACCAACCUGAUCGUGCUGGAUGUCACCAAUAACCGAGGCAGGUACAAUUUGACCGGAAAUGUCCACGACAGCAAUCCAGUGAACAAGUUUCUAAGGGUUGUCGUUCCUGCUAAUUUGACCAGUUGUCUAGAUGAGGCAAACUACACGUGUCUUCUGAACGCACAAGACAAAGACCAUGCUAACUAUGAAGACCAAGUCUCAAGAUAUGUUGGCGUGAAAACCGCUUCAACAGCCAUAGAUGGAAUUUACACCCCACCCACCGGUGACAAUAUGUUGGAUCCUUCAGGAGGAGGGAGGUUCCUUGUGGGGUCAACCUAUCGUUUCACCUGCACGGGAAUCGUCGGUAGACCCCCAGUCAACCUGCGCUGGUGCUACAAGCAGGAGGGAGAGAUGGGCUUUGCGCCCCUGAUUUCUUACACUGCCGACAUAACGGAGUCUGAACCGGAAGUGUAUCAAGACUGCAACAACAGGAGGCAGUCGUUCCUUAACUACACCAUGACAACGGUUGAUAUGAACACAGUUCUGCUGUGUGAACCAGCGAGCGGGAUGUACUACUGCGGCAAUGGCGUCGUCAACAAGACGUUUGUUGUCCGCGCCUACUCGCCAGGUGGCGGGACGUAUAGUGGGUUUAAUCAGUGCCAGUUGUCGAUUGGUCUGUUGUUUACACUGCUCAUUGUGACUACUUCAGGUGUUGUAAAUAUUCCGUGACUCUGUGUAGUGGUUAGAUAAUUACCUUCUCGAAGGAAAUAUAUGACAACUCUGUGUUCAAGAUUUCUAUAUCGCAAUAUGGCUUAGAAGUUAUACUGUGACCUUACUUUAAAAAAACCAAGUUCUUACUGUUAAAAUAAUCAGAUUUAAUCAAAAUCUUUCAAUCGAUGUCAAACAUAUCACAAAAAAAAUUUUCAUGAAAAAAGAGGACACAUUUUUCUAUAAAGUCCUGUUUUUAACCGAACUGAUAUUUUAUCAGACGAUGGGAGGAUGUGUUUAUUUAAAAUAAUUUUGUUGGUUGGUUUUCUAAUCUAGAUGUAAUACAUGUAAUAUAUAUGAUAUCCCGAUUUUAUCACCGAUCAAAUUCGAUAACAAUUCAUUGUGUAUUUUUUAUUUGACGAAUUUUCUUUAUCUUGUAUUAACUUUGGAACAUAAUAAUCCAGGCUGACAGAGUGAUAAUUAUUGUAGCAAGUAUACUCAGCCAGGGACGAAUAUAUGUAUACGAAUGUUGGUGUAUAUGUCCCUAGUACAAUGAAUGUUCAAGAUGUGCAAUUUUAUUCGGGAAAAUUGUACAUAAUUUGUCCAUCUGAUGUGUUGUACGAUCUAGUGGGCCAAUGGCAUGUAAUAUGUACAAUAAAAGUGAGGAUCGACAGUUGUGUAUUUGAGUAUGUACUAUGUAUGUUCUAUGUAUUUUUUGAUUAUUAUCAAACAUAUUUGAUAAAAGAUACUAUAUAUCUAUUAUUAUAAUACUGAAUAAGGAAGUUUGGACCACCGCCCUAGAAAAUUGAAAGUUUUUUUUACAUAGUACUUCAUAUACAUUAUCAGCAAAUACAAUUAUACCGGUAAAUUCUCUAUCUAGCAACUAUCCCUACCACCCCCUCCUCCGUCAGAGAGAGAGAGAGAGAGAGAGAGAGAGAGAGAGAGAGAGAGAGAGAGAGAGAGAGAGAGAGAGAGAGAUUGUGACACACUUGUUUAACCUUUAUGAUGAAAAAAAAAAACAAUGUGAGGAUAAAUAAUGAAGACCCUAAGAUACAACCCCGAUGACUUUUAUCUAUUCCGGUAAUACCUUGGAUAAAGCCAACAAUCUUUAUUUAAUUUUAGGAAGCUUAAAUUUCAAUUAUUUAUAUUUUCGUGUAUACUUAAGGAUUUAUGAAAUAAGACUAGCCCUGUGAUUUGGUGGAAUGAAUAGAAUAUUACAUGAACAUAGUUGAAUGAU